AUGGCACCGUCGCAGGACACCAUGUUCCGCUCAGCGGACAUGAGUAUGGUCCAACUCUACAUUGCCAACGAAAUUGGACGCGAAAUUGUAAACGCAUUGGGAGAGCUUGGACAGAUUCAAUUUCGAGAUCUCAACUCCGAUGUUACUGCCUUUCAGCGGACUUUUACUCAGGAAAUAAGACGACUCGAUAAUGUCGAAAGACAGCUCCGCUAUUUUCAUAGCCAGAUGGAUAAAGCAGGAAUUCCCCUCCGGAAACUAGACCUCGACGUCGAAACUGUCGCAGCUCCUUCCGCCACCGAAAUCGACGAGCUUUCUGAUCGCAGCCAGAGCCUUGAGCAGCGAAUCGCAUCCUUGAAUGACAGCUACGAAACUUUGAAGAAGAGGGAGGUAGAGCUUACGGAAUGGAGAUGGGUUCUUAGAGAGGCUGGGUCUUUCUUCGAUCGAGCUCACGGAAAUGUGGAUGAGAUUAGAGCUUCCACUGAUAACGACGAUGCUCCUCUACUCCAAGAUGUCGAACAAUCACACCAUAAUGGGGACGCCGAGCGGUCAUUCUCUGGUAUGAAUAUUGGCUUCGUGUCCGGAGUUAUCCCUCGGGAUCGCAUUGCAGCGUUUGAACGUAUCUUGUGGAGAACCCUUAGAGGUAACCUUUACAUGAACCAGUCAGAGAUUGCGGAGCCUAUUAUUGAUCCUACAAAUAACGAAGCCAUCAACAAAAAUGUUUUCGUCAUAUUUGCACAUGGAAAGGAGCUUAUUGCUAAGAUCCGGAAGAUAUCCGAAUCCCUUGGUGCGGAUCUAUACACCGUAGACGAGAACAGUGAUCUUCGCAGAGACCAAAUUCAUGAAGUCAAUACUCGUUUGAGCGAUCUUGGUAGCGUCCUCCGCAACACAAAGCAAACACUUGACGCCGAGCUUACCCAAAUUGCACGGAGCUUGGCUGCUUGGAUGGUUAUCAUCAAGAAAGAGAAGGCUGUCUAUCAAACACUCAACCUGUUCUCAUAUGAUCAUGCGAGGAAGACAUUGAUUGCCGAGGCUUGGUGCCCUUCCAACUCUCUGCCUUUGAUAAAAUCGACCCUUCACGAUGUUAACAACAGAGCAGGCCUUUCUGUGCCGUCGAUCAUCAACGAGAUCAGAACGAAUAAAACUCCCCCGACCUACCAGAAGACAAACAGGUUUACGGAAGGGUUUCAAACAAUUAUUAACGCAUACGGUACAGCGAAAUAUCAAGAAGUCAAUCCUGGUCUGCCAACAAUCGUUACUUUCCCAUUCCUUUUCGCCGUCAUGUUUGGUGACUUUGGACAUGGUGUUAUCAUGGUUUGCGCAGCUGCGGCUAUGAUCUAUUGGGAGAAGUCGUUGAAGAAAGUUCGCGAUGAACUUUUCUCCAUGGCUUUCUACGGUCGAUACAUCAUGUUGAUGAUGGGUAUCUUCUCUAUGUAUACUGGUCUCAUCUACAACGAUGUAUUCUCCAAGUCCUUUUCAUUCUUCCCAAGUGCUUGGGCUUGGUCAGAGCAUUAUCCCGACUCUAUUGAGGCUCAUCUCAAGGAGCCAAAUGGAUACCGAUAUCCUUUUGGCCUCGAUUGGAUGUGGCAUGACACCGAAAAUGACCUAUUGUUUACCAACAGUUACAAGAUGAAGUUGAGUAUCUUGAUGGGUUGGUGCCACAUGACUUACUCUUUGUGUCUAUCUUAUAUUAAUGCCCGUCACUUCAAGACUCCUAUUGAUAUCUGGGGUGUGUUCGUCCCAGGCAUGAUUUUCUUUCAGGCUAUUUUUGGUUACCUUGUGUUUGCCAUUAUCUACAAAUGGUCAAUAGAUUGGCAGGGUAUCGGUGAGUCGCCUCCAGGUCUAUUGAACAUGUUGAUCUACAUGUUCUUGUCGCCGGGAACUAUCGACGAGCAACUCUACCCAGGACAAGGAUUUGUUCAAAUUUGCCUUGUUAUCAUUGCCGUCAUUCAAGUACCAAUCAUGCUUCUACUCAAGCCAUUCUAUCUUCGAUGGGAACACAACAAAGCGAGAGGAAGAGGCUAUAGAGGUAUUGGUGAAACUUCCCGAGUCAGCGCACUUGAUGGCGAUGAUGAUGAUGAUCAUACAUUAGAUGGUAGAAUUAGUAUGAACAGCGAUGGUGAAGGUGUCGCUAUGAUUACACAAGAUAUUGGAGAUGAAGAGCACGAGGAAUUUGAGUUCUCGGAAGUCAUGAUCCAUCAGGUCAUUCACACUAUCGAAUUCUGUUUGAACUGCGUAUCUCACACCGCCUCAUACCUUCGUCUAUGGGCAUUGUCCCUUGCGCAUCAACAACUGUCGGUUGUUUUAUGGGAUAUGACACUCUCCAUUGGCCUUCAUAUGACCGGUGUUGCAGGUGUCUUCAUGGUCGUGGUCACAUUCUUCGCCUGGUUUUUCCUCACCAUUGCCGUAUUGGUUAUUAUGGAAGGUACUAGUGCAAUGUUGCACAGUCUUCGUUUGCAUUGGGUAGAAGCUAUGAGCAAGCAUUUCAUGGGAGAUGGAAUACCGUUCGAGCCAUUCUCCUUCAAACAGAUGCUGGAGGAUGAUGCCUCCGCUGCUGAUAUCUCUUAA